GAUUGGAUUACAGAGAUAUACGCAGUCUUUUUACCACCACUCGCUGGAUUUUUGUUGGCUUAAAUAAAAAAGUCAAGCCUAAAUAUCUUUGUUUAAUGUCUAAAUAAAAAGAGUGAGUCAGGAUUUUUCAGUCAGAGAGACUCGUUCUUUUCGUUAGUUCUUUAUUCUUUUUCCAUUUGACAUAUUAUUUCGUUGGUGCAUUUCUUAUAUGGAUAAGAAUUGAAUACUACACGACAGAUUGGCUAAAGGGUUUUACGAGGUGGGUAGUUUGCUAAUGUGUCCAGGACUGUCCACGCCUCAAUAAGUUAUUAGCUUUUUGCAAAGGAUUCGCUAUCUGGUCAGGUUGUCCCGAUUUUUUACAAUUGACGUCAAAAUGUCACAAGAAAUCCCUCCAUCCACUGAAAUUGAUGAUGUUGACGACCCAAACUAUAAACCACCCCCGCAAAAGACGAUCGAAGAAAUUUUAGCGGCUGACCAAGAAGACGAGUCGCUUCGCCGUUAUAAAGAACAACUUCUCGGUGGGGCGGCUGCUGGGACGGAAAUUAUCGUUGAACCGAAUGAUCCUCGACGAGUGAUCGUGAAAAAGUUGGCUCUCGUCGUGGAUGGAAUGCCGGACAAGGAGUUGGAUCUCACUGGCGACUUGUCGAAGUUGAAAGAGCACAAAUUUCGCAUCAAGGAAGGCAUUCCAUACAAAAUUCGGAUUGAUUUCAUCGUCCAGAGAGAAAUUGUUCAUGGGUUGAAGUACAUUCAGAAAACGUAUCGGAAAGGAAUCCCAGUGGACACUAUGACCCACAUGGUUGGAAGUUAUGCACCCAAGGAUGAAAUUCAAAGUUACACGACGCCUCAGGAGGAAGCCCCCAGUGGUAUGUUGUAUCGUGGAAACUACUCGGUCAAUUCUCACUUUACGGAUGACGACAAAUGCACCCACCUCAAAUGGGAUUGGAAAUUUGAAAUUGAUAAAGACUGGUGAUAAAUACGUCAAUAAUUUCUUGCAACAUUAAACAACCUUUACAUAUCUUAAUUACAAUUAUUUAUGAUGAACAUUGACCAAAUUGAUGGAUUAAUUAGGUAGAAGUAGUGGUUUAUUAUUUCAUCAGUGUCUUCAGUUUCUUAUUACAAACUUGUUUCGUUGUAUUUUCAUUUUUGUAAUUUAUUACAUCUUUUUUCAGUAUUUAAUUAACUACAAAACCGAUUGUCAUAAAUCAAGGCUCAAUCUUUGAGAUACAUACAUUUAUUAUUUAUUAUAUGGUCAAUGUUCUAGUCAGCCCUACAACUACAAGAUCCUUUAACUGAAUACAAUUAAAUCUUUGAAAUCAUAGGGCUGUUUAAAUUAUUACAAUUAUUUAGCCUUUUUGUCCUUGAUUUAAUCCAUUGUUGCGUUUCGUGUGCCUUUAUCAAUACAGACAAUAAUUUUACUCGUGAGUGCCUCAUUAUUCAUAAGAAAAAAAGACGGAAACAAUAUUACACAUAUCUGAAAAAAUCUGUGAAUCUAAUAAUUGCAAUCAACAAUAUAUAUAUAAUUAUACUUGUUACUUAUAAUCCUACAUACUCGUGUGUGAAAUUAACUCAUAAAUGUGUACUGCAUAGAAAUUAUGUCAAUGUCAAAUUGUAUUUCCAAAAUUACGAUGAGAAUGUGAACCUUUUCUCAAUUUACCGAGUUUUAGUUACAACAAAUUAGUUUUUCUUUACAAAAAGCGCAAAAUUGCAAUCAAUCUCGAAUUUUUGAGGUGUCAAAUAAUCCUUUGUUUCUAAAUAUUGUCUUAUUUCGUUAUACAUAUGAAAGUACAUAAGUGAAUGCAAACUGAGCUUUGUGUGAUUUACGAUUUAUGAAAUAAAACAGAAAAUUUAUGUCA